AUGAGUGUUCACCUCCUGAGAAGUGUGUGGCCGCGGAUCCGCGAGGAAAACGAUCUGGACGAGGCGGUGACGCGGCCGGGGCUGACUGCAGCGCCUCUGGUGGCGGUGGGUCAACUGCGGCGGCUGCAGCGCGCCCGACUGGCGCUGCACCGCUGCGGCCUGCUGUGUGGCCGCCACUUUGGACCAGCGCUGCUGCUCGCUGCCGGUAGCAACUUCGUCAUCAUCGUCACUCUGAGCUAUGGGGUGGUGAUGACGCGAGCCAACAAGCAAAGCAGUCUGCUCCUGUCGUGGCUUUCCAGUUGGCUGCUGUUUGUGCUGGGGAAUCUCCUCCUUACUUGCUGGGCGUGCUCUUCUGCAUCCCAUCGCACUGUCGGAGUGACUCUAUUAUUGAACAAGGUCGAGAUGCUGUUAAGACGGAGUGAAGCUUGCGACACUUUCUGGCUGGAAGUGGAGCCACUACACUUCUCAGCUGCAGGUUUCUUCAACAUCAGUUUGCCUCUCUUUAUGUCUAUUGUUAGUGCUGCCGUCACCUACCUGAUAGUGUUUCUACAGAUUCCACGUUAA